AUGGAUGUCACCCAAAUCAAUGACGCACAGCAGACCCUCACAUCGUCGCAGUCGCAGCCAAAUGGCAAGCGGAAGCGUGUUGAGAGCUCCCGGGAUGCCGUUGUGUAUCCCAGAAAGAGAGCCGUGGCUGCAUGUCGACAAUGCCGUGUGAGAAAGGUCAAAUGCAAUAAUUCUCGCCCUGCUUGUGGAAGCUGCCUGGCUUCCAAGUCGCAGUGUUGUUAUGACGACUCCCAGGAUCACUCAGCAUUCGACCCUGCUAGUUUACUGAUUCUAGAUCGCCUAGAUCAGGUCCUUUCUCGCCUCAACCAGCUGCCCGAUUCUCUUAGGGUCUCCACAAUACCAACAGCCGAUACCCACAUAUCCCCGGUUGAUGAGCCUCCUCAGCCGCUCAUUAGCCCUGAUCAAGACUCCAGCUAUGAUCACCUGCGAAUCCCCUCGUCCAAGACUUCACCAGAUGCCAUUCUUCAGUGGCCAAUAUUCGAGAACCGAUAUCCAAGAAACUACAUGGUCGAUGCCGUUUUCAUGGCAGACAUGGCUGAUGAUUCAGAUGUGGAAGAGCUGAACCCAGCCGUCAAAACCCGCAGAAGCAACUCAAGAUUGAAAGGGAGUGGAAUCGAUGAAGACCAGAUUCUAGACCUUGUGCAGCGGUUCUUAGACCUGGUCCACAUUAAAAACCCGGUUCUAGACCCAGACACCAUCUGGUCAUACGCGCGUCGCGUGGUUGAGGACGGAUUGAAGUGGGACUCACCGUCAUGUCUCGUGCUUAUUGCGUGUGCUCUCGGUUGUGUUGCCCAGCCUCACACGGCCGAUCUUUCCCCCCCGAAAAAUCUUUCCUCCCUUCAGGCGCAGGGCGAUGAUAUCCAAAAAGGGGAACGAUACUACAAUCUGGCUCGCAGAAGAUUUGGCCUCUUUGAGAGGGACGUUCUCGCCUCCCAGUGCCAGUUUCUAGCAGGGGUAUACCUCAUGUACACCCAGCGACCCUUGAGCGCCUGGGCAGAGUUUCACUCAGCCUCCAGAUCAUACCACAUGUACCUGCAGUGUCAAGCGCGUCGGCCUUCCCGUUGUGUGGAUGCCGCAAAGGCCUCCAAGCGUCGACAGUUGGAGCAGCGCCUCUACUGGAGCUGCUACAAGUCCGAGUGCGAGCUACGCGCCGAGAUUGAGCUCCCCAACAGUUCCUUGGCCGACUUCCACUACCCCGACAUGUACCCUUCCCCUCCUGACGUCCCGAGCGAAGCACCUCAUGGGGAGGCUACCUUUCAAAGUGGGCUGCAGCGAUCGUCAGGGGGCCGGAGAUCGCUUGGGUCACAUCGCCAACAUGAACAGAGCUGGUUCUACUACCUGACGGAAAUAACGCUUCGUCGGAUAGUCAAUCGGGUUCUCAAUAUUCUCUACAGCGACGAUCACCAGUCUUGGACAGACGAGACUGUGCCAUACAUGAUCAAGGCUGCCAGUGAGUUUGAGCAGCAACUUGACGAAUGGUAUCAAGGACUUCCUGCUCUUAUUCAGUAUAACGAAGACACAAUCCCCGAUGAAGAACUCCCUUACAUGGUAUACAGCCGCGUCCUGGACAUCAAGGCGUGGAUCUAUCGACCGCUACUAUAUUACGCAAUCCACAGUCCACCCAAUGCUCGAUGCCGAGGCUUGGUUCUGCCGUACUUGGACAAAGCAGUCUCCAAUUGCAUGCGUAUCGUUCGUUGCGAGCCGGUGACACACCGCCACCACGGUACAUGGUAUGCCACUCGCGGAUGCACGGGGGCCAUGCUAUCACUUCUAGCAGUUGUUCGAUGUGGGACCAUUCAUGUACCGCCUGAUUGGGUGAGUGCUGUAGGUGCCUCACUCUUGAAACUCAGGUAUUGGGAGGAUGAGGGUCCGGGAGUGAGUCGUGCUAUUGAGGUCAUUGAAGGGAUCAUGUCGACUCUCACAGAUCAAACGUAG